UUCUUCCUGGGGAUGCCCCUGCGUGGCCAGGCCCCGCGCCUGCUGCAGAGAAGGGAUCCGCAGCGCCCCUUGACCUUCAAGGCUGUGCCGUGUGACAGAAGAUAGCUAGCAAAGAGGGGGCUUCCGGGUCGGGAGCCACACUGCUGAGGCUCCUGGCAGCCACGGCAAAAAGUGCUCCCAGAUGCAAACAGCGCCCCCACCCCACGUGACCUGCGCCGCCGGGCUCCGCCCAGGUGGCGCCCAUCGUCAUCACCCUCGCCUCUCUCCUCCUCGAGCUUAGAUCCCUGGGGGAGGGGGGAGGGGGAGAGGGGCGGGGCAGAGAGGUUCCACAGCUGGGCCCACGGUGGACAUGGAGGCGGCACAGGCUCGUGACUUGACGCGCCGGCAGGAGCUUCUGGCGCCACCUUGUCUGGACACCGAGUCGCUCCGGAAGAGUCGACCCCCCGCGCUGGAGCCUGGAGCCCUGAGAUGCCUCACCCCCAAUGGCAGGUCUCUGUGGCCUGCAUGCCAGGACUCGGUCAGCACCGCACUUCCUUUCCUCCAAGAGAAAGAAAAGGGGCUGCCAGGUUCCCCUUCGUCGGCCACCCAGGUCCUGGGGUCCUGCUGGGAGCUGAUGGUCAUAGGGAUGUCGGACCACCUAAGUAUGGCCAGGAAUUCCAAGAGCACACAGUGUCCUAACCUGGAGACUUCCGAUGCCACUUCUGCCUCACUCCAGAGAAAACCACGCAAGCAGCUGAACCCAAGAAUGGGUAUCGAGAAGGUGGACCCCAGGUUCAAGGGGGUAACUCUGGAGUUCCAGAUCCAGCCGGAUUCUAGCCUCCAGAUUGUACCCACCUACAGUUUGCCUGGCAAAAGUUGUUCUCAAAAACUCCCUGCAAGCCCUUCCAAGGCCCUUGCCAGCCCAGGAAGCGCCCAGGCCCCUGGGCCCAGGAGGUGUGCUUCUUGUAGGACCCAGAGGACCCCUCUCUGGAGAGAUGCUGAAGAUGGGACCCCCCUCUGCAAUGCCUGUGGCAUCAGGUACAAGAAAUAUGGCACCCGCUGUUCCAGUUGCUGGCUGGUCCCAAGGAAAAGCAUCCAGCCCAAAAGGCUGUGUGGCAGGUGUGGGGUGUCCCAGGACCCGCACCUAGGCCCAACUCAGGAACUGUAAGACCUUCUUUCUCUAGCCAAGUCAGUUUUGUCUCAGUUUCUCUAGCAGGGCCAAUGUAUAGACCACCUUGGAAGCUGGCAGGGAUCUUAGUGGGAGAGUCAGGCCUCAGGCCCAGAGUCCCACCUGUUGGGGUCACCCACCCUCUGGCUUCCCCUUCCCCAGUCAGUCCUGGAUGAACCCCAAAUAAAAAAAUCAUUUCAGAAAUAA